CAAGUGUUAGUGGGAUGGUAGAAAGUCCACAUGUUUGGUCAAUUGUCGUUCGUCGCUUAAGCAUUCAAACAUCGCGGUGUAAACGUACUUACACGAUUAUUUUAUUUUAUUAAAAUUAUUUUCGUAUAUUUUUUUUAUUUUUAAAUCGAGUUCCUAUACUUUUUUACAUUAUGUCGAAUAUAUCAAAAAAUUGUUUAUUUAUUUUAAGCUUCGUUUGUUUGUCGUAUUUUCGAGUGAAUUGUGAAGGUGAAUUAUUACAAAAAGGUGUUUCACAAAGAUGCAAAACACCAACAAUAGCUCCUCAAAAACUGGAACGAAUUAUAGGACAAUGUCAAGAAGAAAUUAAAUCUCUUCUAUUACAAGAGGCGCUUGAUGUCAUUGGUAUUGAAAAUCAAGAUGGUACAUCGUUAACUACUCCAACUCGUACUAAAAGGCAAGCGAAAGAUCAAACUGGUACAUUUACAAAUGAAGAACGUCGAGUUGCAGGAUGUCUCUUGCAAUGUGUCUACAAGAAAGUGAAAGCUGUUGAUGAGACAGGAUUCCCUCAAAUCGAAGGAUUAGUAAGAUUAUACUCGGAAGGUGUUCAAGACAGAAAUUAUUAUUUGGCUGCUUUCACAGCUGUGCAACAAUGCAUUGGAAUUGCGGAAGCAGUUAAGCAGCAACAACCUAACCAAAAAUUCGAUGGAGGCCAAAUUUGCGAUUUAGCCUAUGAAAUGUUCGACUGUGUCAGCGACAAAAUCGAUCAGUUUUGUGGAUUAACGCCAGAACGCACAUAAUUGUACUAUAUAGCAGAACAACGCUGCAGAAUUGGAGAUAAAGCACAUGAAGUCAAACACCGGUUACCAAAAUGCAGUCACAUAUAAUUAAGUCUUCUUUUUGUCAUUGUAAAAUAUCUCAACUUUUUUUACACAAUAAAUUAUUAAUUUGUAA